ACACCUAACUUAUUAGUAACACCUAACUUCGUUUAUUCAUUUAAAAGCACUUUUGAAUCGUCAAGUUACACAAAACGCAUGAAAAUAUACAUCUACAGAGAAACCUCUACACGAAACUUAAUAUCACAUCUAGAUAUAGAAGAAAAGUACUAUUUUUAUAACCUUAAGAAUCCACUAUUAUAAACAUGGGAAGCCACGAUAGAGCAAUCACCGUAUUUUCCCCUGACGGCCAGCUACUACAAGUGCAAUACGCGCAAGAAGCAGUCAGGCGAGGGUCCGCUGUGGUCGGCGUGAGAGGAUCCAACUCUAUCGUGAUAGCUGUAGAGAAGAAAGUCGUUCCGGAGCUGCAGUGUGACAGAACGGAGAAGAAGAUCGUGAUGUUAGAUGACCAUGUGGUGUUAGGUUUCGCGGGAGUCAGGGCGGACGCUAGAGUUUUGGUUUCCAGAGCUCAAAUAGAGUGCCAAGCCUAUCGCCUAACAGUGGAAGACGCCGUCACAAUCGAGUACAUAUCACGCUAUCUAGCUGGUCUGAUGCAGCAGUACACACAGAACAAUGGCAGACGACCUUUCGGGGUAUCCUGUCUGGUCGGCGGCUUCGAUGAGGACGGACCUCAUCUGUUCCAGACGGAACCUUCUGGCACUUUCUAUGAGUGGAAGGCAUGUUCAACAGGCAGAGGAGAGAAGGCGAUACGGGAGUACUUAGAGAAGAACUAUUCUUCUAAUGCAGUGGUCACAGAACAUGGAGCUAUUCAACUUGCUGUCAGAUCUCUGAUGGAAGUGCAGUAUGGAGGCAGGGAGUUGGAGGUCGCAGUACUAAAAAAAUCAUCACCGCUCGUCAUGCUAACAAAAGAGGCUAUACAAUCUUAUAUCUCAGAAGCGAUUAAAGAAAAGGAAGAUGCGAAGAAAUCAUGAAAAAACAUUAUCUGUGUUAUUAAUCGAUAUCUUUACGAUUCUGUAAGACGUGCAUUUAAUUUUGGUCUUCGUGACAAAUUGAUUUCAGCGCCAUCUAUGAUGAUUGGUAAGAACUAUGUCCUGCAUCUGCUUACUUUAUUGGACGGCGGACGUCGUGAGAACGUAUUACAAGAGAU